AUGCGAUCAAUGCUUUCAGCCAUCGCUCUGGGUGUGUCAUGCGCUUCAUUUGCGACAGCCUCCAGACCGAAAGCCCCCAGAGCUCCUGCAGCUGCAGCUGCAGCCGAAGACUCCCAGUAUGCAACUGGAUAUUUUGACCAGCUUUUGGAUCAUGACAAGCCAGAGCUAGGUACAUUUAAGCAACGUUACUUCUGGAGUACCGAGUACUGGAAAGGACCGGGAUCUCCGGUUGUUGUGUUCCAACCUGGAGAAGAAAGUGCCGAGGGCUUCGAGGGAUAUUUAUUCAACGUGACACUUACUGGUGUCUAUGCGCAGGAGAUUGGUGCUGCUGGCCUUAUUCUCGAGCAUCGCUUCUAUGGUAAUUCCUCGCCGGUUGCCACAUUGACACCCAAGACCAUGCAGCAACUCACUUUCAAGAAUGCACUUGCCGAUGCCGUGUACUUUGCAAAGAAUCUCAAGCUUCCCUUUGACAACUCUACCAAAAGUAGCCCUGAUAAUGCUCCAUGGAUCCUUGCCGGUGGCUCGUACAGUGGAGCUCAAGCAGGCUGGACUGCAGCUACUCUGCCUGGCACGUACUGGGCCUACCACGCAUCCAGUGCACCUGUAGAGGCAAUCUGGGACUACUGGCAAUAUUUUGUUCCUAUCCAGGAACGACUACCGCAGAACUGUAGCACAGAUCUAGUCAAGACAAUUGAUUACAUUGAUUCAAUCUUGACCGGACCAGAUGAAAACGCCAAAGAUGCUUUGAAGAAGAAAUUCCUGCUGGGAGAUCUAAGAGAUGACGACUUUGCAGAGGCAAUUGUGGGAGGCCCUUAUCUCGGACAGACGACAAGUUGGGAAAACGCCGGGGCUCUCUAUGAAUUCUGUGACUAUAUUGAGAAUGUCUACGCCACCCCUCCUGUCCAUGCCAGCGCUGCCGGAGUUGGCGUCACUAAAGCUCUUGAAGGUUACGCCCAGUGGUGGACCACCUCUUACUUCCCUGGAGAUUGCGCCAGUUACGGUUACUGGACGGACAAAUACGAAACAGCCUGUUUCGACACUUACAACAGCUCGAAUCCACUCUAUGCCGAUAAAUCAAUUAAUAACUUGAUAGAUCGUCAGUGGAUUUGGCUUUUGUGCAAUGAACCAUUCGGCGCAUGGCAAGAUGCUGCGCCCAAAGGAGUGCCAUCUAUUGUCUCCAGCCUGGUAACAGCGGACUAUAACUACCACGUAUGUGCAACUUUGUUCCAGCCGGAUGAUGGAUACACAUAUGCCGGCGCCAAGGGCAAACGUUCUGAUGCUGUUAACGCCUGGACUGGGGGCUGGACUGGAACCACUGAGCGCGUAAUUUGGGGCCAAGGACAAUAUGACCCCUGGCGCGAAGAAACCAUCUCAUCAGACUUCCGUCCCGGCGGUCCAGCAACUUCUAGAACGCCCAAUCCCAUCUUUGUCAUGCCCGAAGCCAGCCAUUGUUAUGACCUGCUAUGGAGGAAUGGCGAUGCAAACGCGGGUGUUCGCGACGUCCAGAACAAGGAAAUUGCGCAAAUGAAAGCUUGGGUUGAGGAGUGGUACGCUAAGAAGUAG